AUGGAUGACAUAGAAGAAUAUGUAGAUGCCAAUGAGGUGGAUAAUUACAUGGCUAAGUCAUUUAAAUUUUCUAGCUUUUGUAAGGAAUAUUGGCUUGCGAUAGCCACGGCCGUCACUGCAGCUCUUGCCUUAGUGCAAUCUUCUAUAUUCAAAUUGAACUUAGAAGGAGGUGCUGCAGUAUUAAUGUUACCUGCUGACAUGUUUUUGCGUCAUGUACGCGGGUUUAUGGUUCUGUUCGUAAUUUUUUCCGCUGCUUCUAGGGCCUCGUUAUUCGCAGAAAGUAAGGGUAAUCCUGUGAAGAGAAAAGUCAUUCUAAGUUAUUUCGUUUCCGGUCUACUCACACUAUUGGUCGGAUUCUUGUUUGGCUAUCUGCUAAUUCCGGCCAAGGGAGACGAUCUUCCUUCACAGUACUUUGUUAAAUUCCUGGAUCCCAAGUAUACUCCAGGAAUAAACUUUGUCAAGUUCCUUCGAGGGCUGGCAGUUCAUGACAUUCCUGGAAAUGUCUUGACGACGAGGUUUGAUGUAUAUAACCAGUUUGGUAGAGAUCAGGUCAAGGAUGGUCUUGGUGACGGUUAUAAUGGCCCAGGCUUCAUAGUGUUUGGGCUACUUAUUGCUGCAUCCACCUAUUUCUUGGGUAAAGAUGGAGAAAUCGUACGUAAUAUCGUACACCUAGUGCAUAAGUGUUUGCUUGGCGUCUACUGGAUGUUGUUAUGCUACAGUCCAAUCGCUAUUUAUUUCUCUGGAAUUGUGACAUUUGACACCCUCUCCAAGGAUGGAACAUUUGGCUAUUUGUGUCUGAGAUAUCUAUUGUUAUUUUUUAUUGGUCUCCUGGUUGCAUUGGUAAGAAUAUUUAUUGUAUUACCAUUGUUACACUUUGUCAGGUGUGGUAGUUUUGGGUUUGAUGUAAUAUUGAAGGUAGCUGGGCUCCUACCUACUGCAUUCAUGGGUGGUUCAUCCGUGAGAAUGGUCGAAAAGACCAAGUACUAUUUGAAGAGCAAAAGGUUCAACAGCGAAAUUGUAGAUUCAUAUUUACCAUUCUGCACGGUUGCAAAUGGUGAGUGCGUUGGUGCUGGAUUCGCUUUAACGGCCAUAUUUGCUCUAAAACUUUUCGGUAAUGAUAUCGACUGGUCGGUUUUUCUCAAAAUUGUCAUAACUGGCCUGCUUUACGAAUUCGCCAUUACCGAGUAUAUUCAAUGUCAUCUUUUCGCUGUUAUCUUCUUCCUCAACACUUCGAUGAUCACCGCGGAUUUUAUCGUCCCAAUAAUUUUGGCUGAUUGGCUAUAUGAUAGACUUGGUAUUGUCGCGAACACUAUCUCAGAUGCGCUAACAAUAGACUAUAUCGAGAGUAUUCACACCUCUGGAAGAACUAGCGUACAAAAUGUAUAG